GUAGAUUAGUUUCGUUCUUAGUUCUUUAGCACGACAUCUAAUUAAUAGAUGUUGUUGUAAUUUUAGGUGCAUUUUAAAAUUUUGCUGCAGGAUUUCCAGUUUGGAACUAUCUCGCAAGAAGAAAACUUUUUACCUUUACUUUGUUACACAAGAACUUUUAAGAUGUGUGUCAUAAAUUACACUCUUGCAUUUGUCUCCGUCCUUUGCUCAGUACUGAUUCGACUUUCGACAAUGACGCCUAUCCUGCCUCCGAGUGACAAUUUGGCCAAUCCGACUCAAAAUAACCGCAUUGAAGAAUUGUUUCUCUUGACAGAAGACGAAGAAAAGACCUCUGCAGAAAUUCCAACACUCGACACCCGAAUCGUAAAUAAACUGAAAGCUCGCAUUUUACAUAGCCUCCAUUUGCCGGAAGUACCCAAAAGCCAUGCGUCGCUUCCGGCUCUCCAGUCAUUGAAUUUUAACAACGAAUCGAUGCACGAAGAUCGACCCAUUGCAACGCACGAAAACACCGAAAGUCGACUUAUAGAAUCUACUUUAGUUAAUGUAUCCUGCUCAGAAGAAAAUGGCCAGGCUUGCAUUCGAUUCCAAAUUGACCUGUCAUCAUCAGUAAAACGUGAAGAUAUCGUAUCUUCUGAGCUGUGGAUUUACAAGAAAACAGGUGUAACGGAGUUCCAACUGUCUCAGCUAAAUACUGAAGAUAUGACGCGGAAGAGAACCGUAACCAUUUCCAAUCAAUCCGAAAUGGCAGGAUGGCAACGCUUUGAUGCGUCUAUCCUUCUCGCUAACUCUUCAUCCUUAGCCCUCGAAGUCUCUGGGGAAUUGCCGGUAGAGACCGGCGAAAACUACAAUCCCUUUCUGCUUAUCCGUGUAAGGGAGCAAGUUCGGAGUCGACGAUCCUACGAUUGCCAAUCAGAAGGAAAUUCAACUUGCUGCAGGAAAAAAGUGUAUCUUUCCUUCAAAGAUAUUCACUGGGAUGAAUGGAUCGUGCAACCUGAGGGCUUCGAAGCCAACUUUUGCCAGGGAAACUGCGCCAAUGCCUUAAAUCUGGCAGACACUUCUUACGCGCGUGUUAUGCAGCAAUUGUGCUUGCACAAUCCAGAAGCUGCAGCGGCCGCCGGGAUUGAUACUUGUGUGAAAUGUUCUCCAAAGUCUUACAAGCCCAUUUCGAUAAUCUAUUUAGACAAAUCAGGUGUGAGAGUUGUGAGUCAUCUACCAGACAUGUCAGUCACAAAAUGCGCAUGCACUUAAAUCAGUAAAUAAGAGCUGUAUUGUCUCAAAAAGGAUCUAUGAAGUGCAAUCGCUUCAUUAACCCACAAAGCCAAUUUGAGCAAAUACGAUUUCUCAAACGAGUAAAUGGUGCGAAAUAUCCAAAGACUAUUCAAUACCACUCGUCCAGUCCCUCUGCGAUGUAGUUCGUUUGAACAGACGCGUGGAGAAGAAAACCAUAUUGCAACUAACUGAAACUCCUUAGUUCUUUCAAGUUUCUAUUCGAAACAGGUAAAAUAGAAAGCCAUUGCUCAAAACUGCUCUCAUUUUCAUGAACAUUAAUGAUGAGAGUAUUAGUGUGCCGAGAGCAGGCACAGACUUGUUUGUAAAACACUUUCCCACCUAGUUGACAUUUGUUGAUUAUCUGUGAUAUCGAAAAUUUGAAGUUUUUACUUUAUUGUCUCAAGCCCAUGCAAAUACACCAUGUCCUUGCACAUACAUAUCAAAGACUUUUUCAUACACAUUGUUUCUUUCUCGUUGUGUUAUUGUUCCUGUUUUGUGAGAAUAUACGUUGGUAUUAUUUAUGUUUUCA